CCUGGGCAACCUGACCUUCAACAUCUGGAAGAACAUGAAGGACAUGGUCUCCUACACUCCUCUCAUUCUGGACCCAAACACUGCUCAUCCAAACCUCAUCCUGUCUGAAGAUCUGACCAGUGUGAGACGAGCAGAGAGGCAGAAGCUUCCUGAUAACCCAGAGAGGUUUGAUCAUUUCUGCUCUGUCCUUGGCUCUGAGGGCUUUAACUCAGGAACUCACAGCUGGGAUGUCGAGGUUGGAGAGAGUACAAUCUGGUUCCUGGGUAUCUUAACAGAGUAUAUACAGAGGAAAAGAAACAGACUUUCUGGAUUAUGGGGAAUAAGGUUCUAUGAAGGAGGACUUUCCACUCUUCCUCCCCACUCCAGAGAAUACCACUUUGUGAAUCAGCUGAUGACCUGGACUAAAGCUCAGAGUUACUGCAGAGAACACUUCACUGACUUGGUCACCAUCUACAACAGCGACAUCAACCAGCUGCUUCUCUCAGUGUCACCAAGGAUUAAUGCCUUGUCUUGGAUAGGACUCUAUGAUGAUCGUUACAGCUGGAAGUGGUCCAUGGAGGGAGAACUUUUUUAUUUUGGCAGUACACAUGAAUUUUUGAUCUGGGCUAACGGCCAACCAGACUGUGUAAAUGCAAAGGAAUACUGUGUGGCUCUUCAGGGACAAACACAGAUGAAUGAUAGACCCUGUGGAGAUUCUUACCCUUUCCUGUGUUACAAUGCCAAAAAUACAAGUUACAUCUUAGUGAUGGAGAGCCGCUCCUGGUCAGCGGCUCAGUCGUACUGCAGGACAUACCACACAGACCUGACCAGUAUAAGAAGCAAAGAGGAGAAAUCCAACAUCACGCUCACUUUGAAUGGAUCAGGGGUUCAGUAUGUGUGGAUUGGUCUCUACAGGGAUCCCUGGGCCUUCUGGUCUGACAACACAACCUCAACAUUCACUAACUGGAGGUCUUCUGUGCCUGAUAACUACCUUUCAAACCAAUACUGUGGAGCAUUUAAUUUAAUGUCAGGGAAAUGGGAUGAUGACUUUUGUACAAGCAGUAACUAUGUUUUCUGUUUCACAGCAGUGACAAAGCAAACAGUGGUGAAAAUGAAGCUUCAGUCAGAGGCAGACAUGCACAGCACAGAGAUCCAGCAGCAGGUUUCACAGCAGCUGUCAGGCCUCAUGCUGUCAGAAGGACUGACAGACUUCAGGAUUCGUUGGAGGAAAGCCCAGAGUUACCGUGACGACCAGUUAAAGAAGCAGGAUGUGGACGGUGGCUGCAAAACUGAAUUCUGACUGGACUGAACCACUUCAUGUGUGAAGUUAAUAACAUGCUGUGCUGAGCUGUCUCAUCCUUUAAAUCUUUCAAUAUUUCAGAGUGUAAAGUUCCACCAACAGCUCAUUUGUUCAGCUGCAGUUGUAGUUUGGUAGAAAUUCUUUAAUCAGAGGUCCACUCACUAGUUUUCCUGAUAGACUCUAGUCUCUUGUUUUGUUUUGCAGCGUCUCUUUCAACACUUUAGACUCUGUCCUUCUGUGGACGUCACUGCACAGGCUUUGUCUGUGUGCAGUUUAUUAGGAUCCAUAGUUCUGUUUCAUUGUGACAGCAACCUCUGCUGACUUGCACAAAUGAUAGAGAAGAAAGUGAGCAGAGCCAGAGAUCUGCUUGAGGAGGUCAGGGAGGACAAGAAAACAUUGCACUGUUUAUGUCCUGUUUCUACUUCUACUGUUUGAUAACUGAAACAGCCAUAAAUGAGACCAUAACAGUCCCAAACCUUACCUGAUAUAAAUUUGGAGCAUCACUUUCAAUGCAUGCUGGAUGUCCUUGUAUCUGACACUUUAACUUUACUGUCACUUUGGAGGAGCAGACAAAGUCACAGAGACCUAACUGUAGUAAGUAGAGCAGAUGAUGGGUAAAGUUUGUGCUGGUGUUGCCAUAGUUACUGUUGUGAUCUUAGUUUUUGACUUGCAUUUUCUCCUGUGUUGACAUGUUUGUCUAGUUUUUGUUUUUGUAGCUUUCAGCUUUCUUCAAUGUAAUAUUUUAAAGGGUUUUAUGUGUUCUGUGGUUUAAGUCAUGUUUUUGUGUGCUACAAGUAAUAGUAAAGCUAUUUGGUUGAAAAUGAUACAUCUAUGUAGGCAAGUAUAGAAAAAGUAAUACAAUGCAAGAGAUACGUAUUUAAAAAAAUAUGGAAACAUGCAGGUUUAUCAGUUUUUUAUUGCCUUGUUCAGCUCCUUUUCUUAUUUAAUAAUAUUAUUUGACUAUAGAACAUUUACAUCUUGCCAAUAUUGACAAUUUUGUUUGUUUCAUUACCUUAGCUGGAAUGAAGUCAUGAAAAUAAGGACUAUUUUUCUAUUUGUAAAUGAAUGAGUACUUUGUGGGUUUUUACACUGAGUAAUAAAUCAGGUAACAUUGUUACAGAUCCAUGAACGUAACAAUUUUUGA